AUGCCCUCGGACUCACUUCCGAGCAUGAUCAACGCUCCGUCGAGCGUGACGCGCACGACAGCGACUACCACCGGCCCGCAGUGUUCGACUGACCAUCCUCGUCUGUUCGUCGUGUGUGGCCGCUCGUGUCAAGUGGACGAAUUGCGUGCGCUCUUCUCAACGUGCGGUCUAAUUAAACACCUGCACUUGGCACUUGAUCGCAGCAAAAAGUCGCGGGGUUUUGCGUUUCUACAGUACGAAGACCCGGAAGAUGCGUUUGCAGCGAUUGAUACACUGGACCACAGAAAGUUGGGUGACGGACACAUUCUCAAGGUGACAAUUGCCAAGGAGCGACCAGUGAGCGGCAAUGGCAAAGUAAAGCGUGACCAGCAUGCGCGAGUGGACCUGGAUGAGAAGAUAGAAGGGGUGCGUCAACAAGAAGACGACGGCGGUAUUGAGGCGAGACUGCCUGGGAAGCGACAGCGGUCGAGUCCGCCUGUUGUAGCUCUUCCAUUGGGGUCGAGUCGUGCUACACCAGGCUUGGACAAUCAACGACUUAGAAUAUGCCAACUCGGUACUGUAAAUGCAACGAACGAAAAGGCAGAAACGAGCGUAGCGAGGGAGAAAGAUGUGCUGGCUGCGGAUGUUUGCAAGGAUGAGUUGGUGGGGCCUCAGGAAGACCAGGUGCAAGUGGAGCAAGUGAUGUGCGCAAUGCUUGUCGCGGUGGAGAAGCGUGAGGUACUCAAUGAAACGAAUGACGAUCUGCUUGCUAUGUACCUCCGAGUGGGAUCAACACUCGACCAAGUAAAGCAACAAACGAAGGGUGAAAACCGCAAAAUUGUACGGCCCGGAUCGAAUGAAGUAUCUAAAGAAGGAAAAAGCACGAGCACGCUAGCACAUAGUGUUCGGUCAGGACCACUCGUACCGACACCGAUGAAGAUUCAUAAGGUUUCGUCCGAUGCGAUGCAACGUGCAGAUGGUGUAGCGACACGAAAUGGUGGUGCAAUGCCGCUUCAUCAUGUAAAGCAACACCUCCGCAGGCGUCGACAGAGUUUAGAAAUCGCUGGAUCAAGUACAGAAGACACGUCCGACGGUAGUGGCAUCCGGCGCAAACGGAGCAAUACGACGACGUCGCCGUUGCCGACUCAAACCGCUCAUGUGCAUACCAAAUUCAAAGCGUUGCCUCCCGUAGAAAAGCUCUCCGAUCGCAGUGACGUUGGCUUGCCACCUGACGCAACGAAUGCCAAAGUAACACUGAAAAAGCUGUGUAAGCGACAGUCUUCGGAGAAUGGAAUUGAAGAGCUGUACCGAUCAACGAAGCAGCGGGCAACUGAGGAUAGACGUGACCAUGAUAGCUUCGUAGUAGAUCGAAGGCAAGAUGGGCCCGCUGCAAUCAAGUUAGAGAAGAGCUGUGUACACGAUCGAAGCGUAAAGCUCGAGUCCGAAUCGAAGCCAGCUGAGCCGGUGCACACCAAGCUCUUUUUCACGUCAACGUACAAGUUCACGGAUCAAGAAGUGGAAGCAAUGUUCAGUGUGUAUGGCGAUUUUGAAUCCGCAGAACUUGUCCGAAGUUUUGGCCGCGUGAGAACCAUGGCUUACAUCAUUUAUUCCAAGCCCAGCACAGCAGCGUUCGUUGUCAAAUCUUUCAAAGAGGAAUCGUCACAGGGCGACGAAGACCCGGAACGGCCUGAGUUCAUGACGUUAUCAUUUGCACACGAUACUGGCUUGCAGCAGCAUGAGAAACCAGCACAAUUUCACGCUGGAACGGCAAGGAAAUGCACUUCUACCUCGCAGUCCAGUCAUCCGCUGGCAAAAAAGCCUGAGCCACCCAUAUCAGCAAUCCUUCCGUUAGCUGGAAAAGAUCGCCUUUGGGUAUUUUUGAUGUACGACCGGUUUCUGACGACUCACAUGCUUUCGUCGGUGGUGUCAUCAUUAUCGGGGAUGGAGUUUAUGGACAUUAAGGUUGCCAAGAGUACUGGCGAAACACAAGGGAUAGCUUUCGUAAAGUUCGACAGUGAUACGAAUGCUACGCAGGCGGCGUAUCAGCUCCAUCAACUCGAGUUGCCGCUUGGCUCAGGCAAGUUCUUACAGGCAAUUGCAGUCCAGGCACCGAGUCUGUUUAGCCCAAGUCAUGAAAGCAACUCGACCAGCACUCAGCGUCUCGAGCGUACUGCAAUUGAACGAGCUAUGCUGAGAUCAUUUGAAGAUACAGAUUUGCGCGUCGUUGAAGCACGUUUUGCGCAUUUAAUGCGAAGCACGGAGCACUCGGGCGCAGGAGAAGAUCAGCAUUUUCAUCAUUAUUCGCGCAUCCCUUCCCCUGGAGAUGCGACAAUGGGCAAUCAGCAAUCACCAAUGGUAGCGGGCGUGUACACGCAUUCAGAUGGAUUUCAUUUGGGCUCGUCUGCAGGUCUCGAAUACCAUCCGAUGCAGCUCCCGGUGUAUCCCUCUCCACCCCCACAUCAAUAUUUUCACCCUUAUGCAAGUUUGGGGCCAGGGCACUGGCAACAACUGGCCCAGCAACAAGGAUUUGGAGGAAACGCACCUGGGUGGACGGAAACUGCACCUUAUUAUCAAGAUGGAACCCAGCAGUAUCCCUUUGCGUGCACCCCGGAUCAAGAACUGACGUUUUCCGUCCAUCAUGACAGUAACAAUAUGAGACGUGUAGAGGACUCAAUUGCUACCCCUCUCAAACCGCGCUACUCGCGUGCCUUGUCAGAGCAAGUGGGUGUCGAAGGCACCAACAGCAAAUGCAGCAACUAUACAUCCAGAUCCAUCCACGUGUCGACCAGUGAGCCGUUAGAGCUUGUCUCUUUAGUUAGUGCACUACAAGAGUGCCCCGGGUUAGUGUCAUUCGCCAAGAGCGUUGGCGCCGAGUCCGACCGGAUGAGCUAUACUGUGGAUUUCUCAAACGAGGCGCAGGCCUCGGAAGCUCUGUGCAAAUUGGAUGGUACAUUGUGUCGAGGCCAAAAGCUUCGCGUUACAAAACACACGCCAACGAGACAUCGAGGGACUGGUGGUGGAGGAAAACCUCGCUCUGGCUCUGGACGUCGGAAGCGGCAGCGAGUUGAUCCACGGAAUCGGAAAUGA